GGUGAUGCUCGGGAUUGAGUUUCACCCUAAAAUCUCUCCACGAUGGCGUUUUGUGAAACCCCAGAAAUUUUAUAGAAAUAUGUAGUGACCAGAUAGGCAACUGAAUCAUUCAGCUCUCUGGGUUACUUAACCCCGAGGACAAGCACUUCCGCCACCACAACCAAGAGGAGGAACUUUCCUCCUCGAUCUUCUUCCUCCAACUUCACAAUCACCCAAUCAGUAUCUCAGUUCGAAGGAGAACCACCGUCAAGAUGCGCCUCAUAAACACCACCACCCUCACCCUCACCUCCUUCAUGGUCCCCGUCUCCUCCCUCCCCGCCUACGCCAUCCUCUCGCACACGUGGUACCCAUCUCCAGACGAGGAAGUGACCUUUCAAGAUUUCACCUCUCUCCCGCCUCACCAAUUAGAAAAGAAAAAGGGCUACGCCAAGAUCAAGCAAACAUGUCACCGCGCAAAGAAAUCGGGGAUCAAAUGGGCUUGGGUGGACACGUGUUGUAUUGAUAAAACGUCGAGUGCGGAGCUGACGGAGGCGAUUAAUAGUAUGUGGGCUUGGUACCGGGGGGCGACGGUUUGUUUUGCUUUUUUGGAGGAUUUGGAGCCUGUUCCCAAGGGGGUAGGACAUGGGCAUGGGCAAGGGCAGAAUGCGCGAAACUCGCAGAUUGUUGGGGAGCAAUGGUGGUCGCAGAUUGGGGAGCAAUGGUGGGAGGAUGGGGGGAGUAACGUGGGUAGUAGCAAUGCUGGCAGCAACGUUUCUGCUGCUACCGGGUCGGGGACGGGAUCGGCGACAUCAUCGCACACCCAGGCCGGACGAAUGGACCACCUAAGCCACGAGGAGAAGGUCGCUCGUUUCAGGACCUGUCGCUGGUUUACAAGAGGAUGGACCCUGCAGGAGCUGAUUGCUCCCAGCCGCAUGGGGUUCUACAACAGCAAAUGGGAGUUCGUCGGCGAGAAGUCCUCCUUGAAACAAGUGCUCGCUGAGAUCACGCAAAUCAGCGAGUCCGUCCUCGAGAACAGCGCCUUGCUCCUGACCAUCCCCGUUGCGCAGCGCAUGUCCUGGGCUUCUUCGCGGGUGACUACCCGCCCGGAGGAUAUGGCGUAUUGUUUACUCGGUAUCUUCGACGUGCAGAUCCCGUUGCUGUAUGGAGAGGGAGAGAAGGCGUUUAUAAGGCUGCAGGAGGAGAUUGUCAAGGAGACGAACGACUUUUCGCUUUUUGCGUGGAAGACGGGGAAGGGAUCGGGGACGCAGCACCAAAAGCAUUGGGGCAUAUUGGCGCCGAGUCCGAAAGAGUUCGCGACUUGUAGGGAUAUCGAAAACUGGGGAAACCCGUUGUAUAACGCCGAGUGUCUGAUUACGAGUAAAGGACUACGAAUCACGCCGGCGCCGGGUGACGGGUUGAGGAGCGGCAGUUCCAGUUACGGGCUCAAGGGGACGUAUAUCCUUGAUCUGGGGUGUUACCACAGGAGUGAGAAGGGCAGGGCUAUCGGCGUGGUUUUGCAGCAGCAUGGCUCGGAUCUGUACUGUCGCGUGAUGCCGGAGAGCUUGCCCAUGUGGCCGACGGGACCGGGGCAACAGCCCGUGUUGCGCAAGAGCAGGUUGUUUUAUAUCACCAAGACGGUAUCCCCCGUGGCGUCGACGCUGCUGGGCUCGAGUCAUCGGUGGGCAUUUGACCUGUCGCAGGUGUUCGCAGCGCUGGCCGAGAUCAAGUUCGUUCCGAAGCAAAGCCAGUUCCAACCAGAGGAAAGCUGGGACGCGGAGCGCAUGCUGUUCUUGAGUCAAGGGUCGAGAGACUUUCAAUGUUGCGCGACAUUCGUGACGACGAGGAAGGACGGGUUGGGGGCGUUGAGGAUCUUGGUAUGGUGCCACCUACAUCUCGUUCACGGCGGCGAGGGAGAGGCGCAGGCGUCGGUCAAGGUUGAAUUCGAUCCGCCCACCGAGGGGGAAACUGACGACGACGGUUUUGUCAAAUGUGAAGGGAAGGUCGUGAGGGAUGCCUAUGAGGGUCAGCCGGUAUUCAGAGUCCUGAUCGAGGCGACGACGAGCAAAUUCCGCGCGCUCCCGACCAUCAUGUUUUUUCGCGGUACCGACGAAAAGAUGGCGAGGAAGAACCAGAUGUACCAGCAACAAAAGGUAGCGGCGGCCGCGGUAGGAAGAGAAAGGUAUUUCAAUUCGGCGGCGGCGAGUAUGUCGAGCAGCACUGUGGGGAAGUAGGUACCUUUCAGUUUGUUUACUUUGGGAAGUUGAAGAUGGAGUUUGUUGGAUGGAAGAGGAAUGACGAGGGGACGAAGACGGGAUGAGAGAGAUGUACAUCAGUUUAGUGGUAAUUGUUAGUAAAAUACCCUGGACGCGUGGUACCACAAAACAAGAGG